AUGGAAGAGCCGCCGGAGGGGCACGGACACCGAGACGCGGCACCCGGCCCGGCGAGCAGCGGCAGCGAUGGCGAGAGCGUCCCCGUGUCCCCCAGCCCCGCGCCCGCCUCCCCCGCCGCGCCCUGCCCCCUGCCCCUGCCCCGCCGCCGCCACCCGCCGCCACCGCCCCCGCCGCCGCCGCCACCCCACCGCACCACCAACUUUUUCAUCGACAACAUCCUGAGGCCGGACUUCGGCUGCAAGAAGGAGCCGCCCGCGCCAGCCGGCGGCGGAGGAGGAGGCAGCCGGGAGCGGGACGGAGACCGGGGGCAGAGCUCAGGUAGAGAAAACGUCAACCCGCUGCUGGCCCGGCCGCCCAACCCGCCCUCCCUCCUCUGCCCGGACUCGAACUGCCGUCCCGACGGCUCCGCGCCGCCGCCUCCGCCCGCCGCCGCCGCCGCCAAAGCCAGCCCCGGCGCGGCGGCAGCGGCGGCGUCGGGGGCGGCCAAGCCCCCCGCCGACGGGGGCGAGACUCACCCGGCGAAGUACGGGGAGCACGGCAGCCCCGCCAUCCUCCUCAUGGGCUCUAAUAAUGGAGGACCUGUUAUAAAGCCCGACUCGCAACAGCCGCUGGUGUGGCCUGCCUGGGUCUACUGCACUAGGUAUUCAGACAGACCGUCCUCGGGCCCCCGCACCAGGAAGCUGAAGAAGAAGAAGACGGAGAAGGAGGACAAGAGGCCGCGGACGGCGUUCACGGCCGAGCAGCUGCAGCGGCUGAAGGCGGAGUUCCAGGCAAACCGGUACAUCACGGAGCAGCGGCGGCAGAGCCUGGCCCAGGAGCUCAGUCUCAACGAGUCCCAGAUCAAGAUCUGGUUCCAGAACAAACGAGCCAAGAUCAAGAAGGCGACUGGCAUCAAGAACGGGCUGGCGCUGCACCUCAUGGCCCAGGGACUCUACAACCACUCCACCACCACCGUGCAGGACAAAGAGGAGAGCGAGUGAGGCAGCACGUCCCCCCCAGCCCUGCGCCGUGGCGCUGGACCGCCGGCCGGGAGGCGGACAGGUGCUAUUUAAAAGCAGAUCUAUUGUCUAUCCAUAGUAUAAGGACUCCGAUUAAGAAAAAAAAUAAAAUAAAAUAUGAACACUUACAAAAAAUUAUCUCUAUAUAGCCAAACAGCAUAUGACCUUGUAUAUAUUUAAUUUCAGGUAAGAAAUAUGUGUAGCGAUCUCUAUUUGCUGGACAGUUUCUCUCUCCCUUUCUCU